CUCCAGGUGAUGAAAAAUAAUAAUGAUAAUAAUGAUGAUGAUAAUAACGAUACCCGCCAGAACAAAGACAGCAACAACAACAACAACAGCAGUAGCAGCAGCAGCAGCAGCAGCAGCAGACCAGUUGAGUUGCUCUUUUCUCCGCGUCGUCCCUGGGGUUUCCGCUUGGGGGAUUGAUU